AUGCAAUCACUUUGCUUUCCCACCUGCCAUCACUUGAUAGCUUUGCUAUUUGUCCUGGUACCGGCGAUUGCUGCUAUCCAGGAAGAUUACUCCCAAUAUGUGAAUGCCCUGAUGGGCUCGGAAGGACCCUUUCCAGGCAAAGGCUAUGGAGGAGGCGAUAUCUUCGUGGGAGGAGCGCGGCCUUUCGGCGUGGCAAAGGUAGGUAUCGAUACUACGGCUGCAAACUGGAGCCUGGCGGUCCUCAACGGGGGGUGGACGCCAGAUGGAAAUGUCACGGCGAUCACCAUGAUGCAUGAGAGUGGUACUGGAGGCGCACCGAAAUAUGGAAUCAUUCCCCAGAUGCCGCUCACAAAUAUUGCGCCUCCAGUGAAUCUGCUCAACAAUUUGACCUACGCCCAGCCUAGGGUUGGCAAUGAUACAGCCAGCGUGGGCUACUUUGCAACAAGAUUGCAGAACGGCGUUCAGGUCGAGCUCUCGGCCUCUCGUCAUGCUGGAAUCAUCCAGUAUAGCUUCCCCGAGGGCGAGAAGCAUGUACUGGUCGAUGUUUCCCAUUAUCUUCCUGGGUCACCCAAUGACCCCAAUGGGCAAUUCUACGUUGCAGGCGAGAUCCAAUUGGAGGAUGAAGGACGAGCUUACUCUGGCUAUGGGACGUAUAUCGGUGGCUGGAACAACGGUGCGCCGUUUACGGUCUACUUCUACGGAGAAUUUUCUAUAGCCCCAGACACAGCUUGGACCUUCUCAGGGAGGAACACCGAGCCGAUGCCGCGUUAUCAGAGCUUCGCCAACGGUGGUAUCAGUCAGCCUGUAUACGGUAACUUGACUAACAAGAAAGCCACAUCAGGACCCAUGAAUGAUCGCAUUGGGGCGCUCUUCAAUUGGAACACGACAUUCGGCGCUCAAAUUAUUUCCAGGGUUGGUGUAUCCUUCAUUUCUGAAGAAAAGGCUCGCGCCUAUAUUGAAACAGAGAUUCCAUCCUGGGACUUGAAUGACACGGUGCAAUCAACUGUGGAAGAAUGGAACCGAGAUGUUUUCAGUAAGACUCGGGUUGCAUUGGACGAAACAGCGAACAUGACGCAUGUGCGGCUGCUCUACAGUUCUCUCUACUUUAUGCACCUGAUGCCGUCCGAUCGGACUGGCGAGAAUCCUCUCUGGCAGUCGAAUGAGCCAUUCUGGGACGACUUUUAUACAAUGUGGGAUAUUUUCCGCUGCACGAUUAGUUUUUACCAUAUAUAUCAACCUGACUACUACGAGUCCAUGAUUCGAGGUCUGAUCGAUAUAUGGAGGCAUCAAGGUUUCCUGCCAGAUGGACGCUCAGGAAACUGGAAUGGAUUGGUCCAAGGCGGCUCCAAUGCCGAUAAUGUGUUGGCGGAUGCAUACAUCAAGGGUCUUCGCGGGGCAAUCAACUGGACUGACGGCUAUGCCGCCAUGAAGACCGAUGCGGAGGUGAUUCCAUACAACACAUGGGACCCCACAGACCCAUCGGCCAGCACCAAAGAGGGGCGCGGCGCCCUGGGUGAUUGGCUCGAGCUUGGCUACGUCUCACAAGAUCGUAACACAAGAUGUGUAUCCAGGACCGUUGAGUACAGCCUAAAUGAUUUUGCGCUGAGUCAAGUCGCCUCGGGAGAGAUGCCCGGUGACCAGGAAAAGUAUUUGAAUCGGUCCGCUGGAUGGCAGAAUAUAUGGAACCCGGAUGUGUCUAGUCUGAACUUCACAGGAUUUCUGGCACCUAGGUUCUCCAACGGCACGUUCAACAGCAGCACAUAUGAUCCGCGGUACUGCGACAAGUGUGAGUGGCUGGACUAUACAUAUGAAGCCGUACCCUGGGAAUACUCUUUCGUCAUUCCCCAUGACAUGGAGACUCUGGUUGAUCUCAUGGGGGGCGUGGACACAUUCGAAUCUCGACUCGAUCUCAUGUUUGCGCCAAAUAUGUCCGUGCAAAGCCUCGGAUCGAACGGAGCUGGAAUCACGACAAUUAUCAACAUAGGUAACGAGCCGGACUUUGCCACGCCUUACCUGUACAAUUACAUCAACAAGCAAGCAAAAAGCGUCCAGAGAUCGAGGGGCCUCGGAUACAAAUGCAGCUUCAACGACGCACUCUACGGCGUCCCCGGCAACAGCGAUGCAGGGGCAAUGAAUUCAUGGCUUUUGUGGCAGAUGCUUGGGAUCUAUCCGGUGGUCACCCAGCCCGUGUAUCUCAUUGCCUCGCCUUGGUUCCCGGAUCUCAACAUGACCAUCAGCGGCAACCAGACACUUCGGAUUCUCGCGAAUGGCUUGGACCAGGGCUAUUAUGUGCAAAGCGUGAAAAUCAACGGACAGGCCUGGACGAAGAAUUGGUUCGAGCACGAGGAUCUCAUGGCGCGUGGGGGCACGAUCGAGUUCGAGCUGGGGCCCAACAUGACGGCUUGGGAGACCGGCAGUGUGCCCCCUUCCCCGGGACAUAGGAGAUUGUGAGUGGGAAAGUUUCCUCUGCAUCGGCUACACAAGCCACAUAUCAGGUGUUUGUGUUGGUACUAUUUUAGGAGCACACCCGAGCCAUGAGGGAUAUGUCAUAUCGUGCACCCUAGAAAAGAAAAGACAUCAACCAC